AUGAUCAAGGUCAACAUCAACAGAGGGAUCAGCAGUGUGAAUCAGCUGGGGGGGCUCUUUGUGAAUGGUCGGCCUCUGCCCCUGGACACCCGGCAGCAGAUCGUGCGGCUGGCCGUCAGCGGGAUGCGGCCCUGUGACAUCUCACGGAGCCUUAAGGUAUCUAAUGGCUGUGUGAGCAAGAUCCUAGGGCGUUACUACCGCACAGGUGUCUUGGAGCCCAAGGGGAUUGGGGGAAGCAAGCCGCGCCUGGCCACACCACCUGUGGUGGCUCGAAUCGCCCAGCUGAAGGGUGAGUGCCCAGCCCUCUUCGCCUGGGAGAUCCAACGCCAGCUCUGUGCCGAAGGGCUUUGCACCCAGGACAAGACUCCCAGUGUCUCCUCCAUCAACCGAGUCCUGCGGGCCAUACAGGAGGACCAGAGAAUCCCCGGGGCACAGCUCAGGUUGCCCGCUGUUUUGGCUCCAGUUCCUCCAACGCCACCUAGUGGCUCCGAGGCGCCCCGGGGUCCCCACCCAGGGACAGGCCACCGGAAUCGGACGAUCUUCUCCCCAGGCCAAGCUGAGGCGCUGGAGAAAGAGUUCCAGCGUGGGCAGUACCCUGACUCAGUGGCCCGCGGGAAGCUGGCUGCUGCCACCUCUCUGCCUGAAGACACAGUGAGGAUCUGGUUUUCCAACCGAAGAGCCAAAUGGCGCCGACAAGAGAAGCUCAAGGGGGAAAUGCGGUUUCCAGGCGCUUCCCAGGACCUGACUGUACCAAGUGCCUCCCCAGGGACCAUCUCUGCACAGCAAUCCCCCGGCAGUGUGUCCACAGCAGUCCUACCUGCCCUGGAAUCCUUGGCUCCCUCCAGCUCUCCGCGGUUCUGGGGGACAGCAUCAGACAGAUGUCUGAGUGACACUCCACCACAAGCCUGUCUCAAGCCCUGCUGGGGUAAGAAUCCAGGCCAGCCGAGCUCCCUGGAUUCACUCCUGCUUUGCCAUCCUUGCCCCUCCUUCCUCUGCCCCAUCGCCAGUCUUGGUACCCAUCAGGUCUUGCUCUGGCCUGGCUCCCCACUUCGAGGUCUGGGAUGA